AUGCCAGACUCAACCGAGAGGAGGGGCAUGACACCCAUCGAGAAGAUCCAUGCACACACUGUGCAGUGGGAGUACGAGGUGCAAUACGUGAUCCGCAUCCCCUUGGGGAAGCCUGUACCGGUGGCCAACAAGGGGCGGGCCGGCCAGUCCUCGCCAACUGGUCGCAAUCGCACUUUGCCCAUUCUCGGGGAGGGCCCUAUGAGUCAUUCCGGCCUGAAGCUGGAAAUUGAGGAGCUGCACGAUGGCAACGACGCCCACCCUCGGCCGUUUGGGUAUGUCAACAUCGACCUCGCACCUUUUGCCGAGCUGGGCCCGACUGCGCGAAAGUUUCUGCUCAAGGACAGCAAGACGAACGCGACUAUUCGAAUCUCCAUCGACAUGCGCUUCAUCGGCGGGCAACAGCACUGGGUGACGCCACAGUUGAUUGAAGGCCACUUUGUCAACGACAUUUCGCAGCUCACUGGUGAUGAUGGCAACUUGUUCAAAGAACUGCAGCUGCUCCCCACAGUGUCGCGGUCGUCCGACUCCGCAACUUCCUCAUCAAUGUCAGGGCGACCAUCGACUCGUUCGGCAACCUCCGAGAUCAGUUUGACGCGCCCUGUGUCGAACGCGAACGCUGUUGCAUCGCAGCAAGCCAAGAAUCGCUACAAGUCUUACGAGCACCACUUGAAGCCAGAGGCUCGGGCCGCUCGCCGUGACGACUCCAUUCUGGGCGAUGCGCACUCGCGUAGACUCCCUCCCAGUUCAACUUUCGGCAUGUCCGAGACAGUGUCCACCAUGGCGUCGACAUGGACGGAGAUGAGCUCUGCGUCAACCCGGGCAAUAUUAGCCACACAACCUUUGCACAUGUCGCCCACUUCUUCCCCCAUGGCAGAGCGGCCACCCGGGGGGUUCUUCGACGCGAUCCCCGGCCGCGAUGUCGCCUUGGAGUCGCCGGCGGCAUUCAUGCAAGAGAUGAACAUGACCGAAGAGCCACUUUCACCCAACGAGGUCUCGCUCACAUCUCCCAUCCUGCCUCCCCUCUCGCCCGACCAGUCCCCCCCUUCCAUGGGCUUGUCGAAACAUGCGAGACACCACAGCAGCCACAGACAAUUCUUGCGGGACCAGCGAGGCCAUUCAGAUGACCUCCAACCCGAUCUGGUGAUUGAGCAUGUCUUCAAUCCGAGGGCAGCCGAAGAGGUGGGCCCUUUCACCUUUGUGCCGAACGAAGAGGAUGAAGACAUGCUGUUCGAGGACGAGCUCGACGGCUUACAACUUGAGGCUGAGCCCGAGAUCCCGGUCCAUCACCGUCGAUGGUCCAGGAUUCGCCGGCGCGUUAUCAGUUCGACUCACCGUGGACGUACGACAUUGGAAACGGGGGCCGUGCCGAGCACUGUUUAUUAG